AGCGGGUUUACGCUGCACCGUUUUACGGCAACCGUUACGCACUGGACUGAAAAUCCCGUUUCCAGGAAUUAACCUGGAUUUUGUUUUGCAAAGGAAAGAUGGAUUAACGACAGCAACACUGCUUUAUCAGACAGGAGAGACUGUUGCAUUGCUGUUCUGUCGCUGUUUAGUUAGCGGUAGCCGCGUUAGCAAGCUAGUCAGUUUCCCAGUCUCCGGUUUGUGUUGAUGUGGUGGAAGCUUAGUUACCAAUAAAUAUCUCACUAGCAACAAACCUUAACAUUCAUUCUUUGGUAAACAGCAUUGAACCAGGAAUACUUGAGUGUUUAGUGCAGACAUGUGCGUUUAAAGAAGAAAAAAAAAACACCAGGUUCUUUUUUUUUUUUUUUUUCCAGUUUGCUUAGCUAACAGUUAGCAUACGCAGUUAGUGCACAGCGUGCCUUCAGUCACGUCGCUCAUGCUGUGUUCAAGUGCUCUCGGAAUUAUGGUUAACUACGAAUUCCCAACUUAGAAGUUGCACACAAGUUAAUAACACGACUUAAUAUUUUCAAAGCAUUAGCGUGGAGGAAAGUGUCACGUUUAGAGGUCGGUGCUUGGUAGGUAAAUCUUUGGGGGAAAAAAAUAAAUAAAUAAAAAAUCUUUAGGUUAUAAACAUUUCAUGUCACAGAUUAACUUUAUCUAUAACGGUUUGGAUUAUUUCUGUCAAUUUUUACAGUAAACUAGAUUUAAAUAGAUAUAUGUAUACAAGUUAGGUAUAUCUAGUUAGGUAUUUAAUGUGUAAGUAGGUUCACUUGAAAGAAAAGUACUUUAUUAGUUACACAAUUAGUGAGAAACGGAGGAGUUGAAAGAGCGCCUGAACGCUGCAUGAGUGGGGCGCGUGCGCGAACAUGGGCACAUGAACGGCGCUUUUCAAAACACUGCGGCGCAGAAAUCAUCAGUCACCCGAUAAAAUAAAAAUGUCUGCGAGUGGCUUUACAGAUCUGCGCGACAAGCUGAAGUCCAUGACGCCGCACAGGGAGAACCACAAGAUCACCAAAGUCUCGUCUGAGCACAGCGGCGUGAAGAAGCGCAAACGCCGCGACUCCGGGGACGAGCACGAGCGCGAGCAUCAUCAUCAUGAGGUGGCGGGAGCGCGCACGUCGGAGGCGCGCAAAGUGAAGAGCGGCAUCACCCAGGCGCGCGUGUUCACGCCCGAGGAGUGCGCGCGCAUCGAGGCCAGGAUCGACGAGGUGGUGGCGAAGGGGGACCGCGGGCUGUACCGGGAGCACACGGUGGACCGCGCGCCGCUGCGCAACAAGUACUUCUUCGGCGAGGGCUACACGUACGGCGCGCAGCUGGAGAAGCGCGGCCCCGGGCAGGAGCGCCUCUACUCCAAGGGGGAGGUGGACGAGAUCCCGGGCUGGGUGCACGAGCUGGUCAUCGACCCCCUGGUGGCGCGCCGCAUCAUCCCUGAGGGCUUCGUGAACAGCGCCGUGAUCAACGACUACCAGCCCGGCGGCUGCAUCGUGUCCCACGUGGACCCCAUCCACAUCUUCGAGCGUCCCAUCGUGUCCGUGUCGUUCUUCAGCGACAGCGCGCUCUGCUUCGGCUGCAAGUUCCAGUUCAAGCCCAUCCGCGUGUCCGAGCCGGUGCUGUGCCUCCCCGUGCUCCGCGGCAGCGUCACCUUACUCAGUGGCUACGCCGCCGACGACAUCACACACUGCAUCCGGCCUCAGGACAUCAAGCAGCGCAGAGCCGUCAUCAUCCUCAGGAAGACGAGACCGAACGCACCUCGCCUAGACACGGUUUCUCUCAGCCCUUUCUCCAGUCCCGCUUCGGAGAGACGGCACGUGCUGAAAGCAAAGCGCUCGCACCGCAAAGCCGACCCGGAUGCUGCACACAGGCCUCGUAUAUUAGAGAUGGAUAAAGAACAGCAGAGGCGUUCGCUCCUCCUACAUCAGCGUCGUCACGGCGACGACAACGACGACGGCGCCUCGGAGAACUCCUGGAGGAGAGUGGUGAACACGUCGUACUCGUCACACUCUGAACACACUUCUUCAUCUCGCCGAGUGAAGAUGAGACGCCAAUGAAGACCUCUGAUAAUUAACAAUCGACUGUUAGUUUAAAAAAAAUUUAAAAAACGUAACGUUAGACACGUUAUACACGUUAUAAACGUCAGCGUAUAGGAUCCAACGGGUUACUGGUGAGGAAAGCGUGAUAUAAACUUCCUGCAGGUGUGUUCUUAUUUAUAUGUUUUUGUAAGAAGGGGUGUGUGAAUCGAGCGAGUUUUUAGGUUUAGACUUCGUUAUGGAUUUCUUAUAACAGCGUUAGGAGCAAACCUCUGCAGUAACACAAUCAAAAAAAAAAAUAUAUCUGUUUCGUUUAAGGAUUUAAAUAUUCUCUUUUGGUCUGCUUUAUGCUGUUUCUCAAUUUCUAGCACCUUAAUAUGAAAUCUGGAACUGACGUCUCCUCAGUAUUACUAUCUACUUGCGAAGGAAUUGUACAUUUUCGAAGAUUUUCAAGCCGAUUCACGAGCCGUCGCGUGUAUGCGAGUGAUUUUUAGGGAUGCGUCGAUACUGACAUCAUUUACACCUUAUUACGUACUUUUUUUUUUUAAUCUUAGUCGUAUGAUAUUCUCCACUACCACGUGAUACGUGAUGUGUAACGUAAGCUUAGCGAUCUGGACGAAUUUUGCGAUUAACGAUCAAAACAAAGCAGAAAAUAUCACAACGUCUUCCUAUGAUAUAAGCAACCUGAUAAAACAUCUUUACGGCGUUUAAACGGAGCAGCGUCAGCACAAGGUUGCGUGAGGGGAAAAAAGAGCGCAAUGUUCCGUGAACUUCGUGCAACACAAACUGAUCGUGCAGAGAAACUGUCGCACGUGCGAGCACCUCACUUCUGCGAGCACCGAGACACGCUCACUUCCUUCCCCCUCGCUCAUCACGAUCUAUACUCUCGUCAGUUCACGGCACCUCGCGCUCGUUUUUAAUGACCACGAGUACCAGAGAAAGGUACGUGGUCUGGAAAAUAAAAAGUAUCGAUGCGUCCCUGGUUAGAUUAGCGGUGGAGUAGAAAUACAGCAAACCUUCAGGCUCCGUUAGGAAUAAUUCUUUAGUACGAUCCGUACAAACACGUGCAAAAAAUAAUCUAUUAAAUAUGCUGUUUUGAGGCAGUAUCUUUAUUUUGCACUGUUCUCAUUGGUUUUUUUUGGGGGGAAAAGAGGAAGGACUUUUUCUAUUUCGUGGGUUUGCAGGUAAACUUCUACUCCUGGCCGACUUCUGGAAGUGGAAAGAAACGACACGUGUCGAUAUCAAAUAUAAGAAUUUAGACGCUCAGUGGCUAAAUCAGUAUUCAGAGCGAGCUGAAACAUCAUUUAAGUGUUUAAUUUGUUCUGUUGGGGGGAAAGAAGCCCUUCAGGGUGAGCUGCGUAAAGCUCCGAUGGACAUUAAACCCGGGAGUUUGAGUUGAAUUUCUAUUUUGAAAAAUGACUUGAAAGGUUGCUGUGUGGUUCACUGUAAUGAAAAAUGGGUAUUUUUGCAUCAAAGAUGUACAGGCCUGAAAAGAAAUUAAAAGAUAUGAGUUUUAAGAAAAAAAAGCUGCAGUGUUUCUGUUGUGGAGUCACGGGACGACGUGGCGCUCACUUUCAGGAAAUUAGUUAAUAACGUUACAGAUCUCUGAACAGGAACGAAUCGUAAAAAUGAUUCGGUCUAAGCCAGUGAUAAUCCUGCGUAAUUCCAAUGAGGAUAAAAUCCACACAGUUAAACACAAACAAAUAAAUAAAUAAAUAUGCCACAGCGCUGAUGGAUUCUGGAUGCUGAUUGGUCAGAAGGUGUUGAUUAAUCUUCUAUAACAGCAGCUCUGACAGUAGUUCCAGCUCUAAGAAGAAUUACAGAUUAUAUAAAUGCGCUCUGGUAAUAUGUCGUCGUUUCCAUACACAGGGACUUGUUUGAAAGAAAGAUUAAAAAAAAAAUAUAUUUAACUGCUGAUAGUGAAGUUUUCUUGAAGUAAGGAGACGUUUAUAUUUAACAUGGAAGGAGUCUCCAGUGUCAGUGCUUUGUAAUGGAGAUAAAACUUAAGGAAUUGACGCUAUAUGCGUUUCUCAGUAACAGGACAAGAUGUGUUUUUUUUUGUCGUAACUUUGAGAGAGAGAGAAGGAUGACGGUUUAUAGCUAAGUGAUAACAGGGACGUUUUGCGUACUUUCCGUGACAUUGACAUGCGGCUAAAAUCGACAUGUUCUUUAGUAAAUUAAUUGUAAACGUUGUAAAACUUGCUGUGGUAUAAGAGGAGUAGAACACUUCGCUGUGACGUCAUCCUGACGUUGAUUGUUUUUCUGUAACAG